AUGAGCUCCCUCUCCGCCGCCUGCGCCACCUCCGCCCCCAUCCAUGGAGAUCGGAGCCUCUUCGCUUCCUGUCAUCCUUCCCUUAACCCUAAACCCCGCUUCGUCUUCUCCAAACCCUCUAGAAUCCUGUGCGUUAAGUGCUAUCCUCCUCUCUGGCCACGGUUGCCGCUCUCAUCGGUACCGUCAAAACCCUCCUCCCAGCCGAGCAGCCCGUCACCACCGGAGGAACAAUCUGAUCCCAAUUCAUGGCUCGGUAACUCUGAGUUCCUUUUGAAGUCGAACGCAGGCGCCAUCGGGUCCCUGCGCGCGCUUCUAUACCAGAAGCUUGACGACGGCGAGGACACCGAGGCGUUGACCAUCCUCAAUCACCUCAUCUCCGCCCAGCCUGACGAGACCGAGUGGAAGUUCCUUGCCGCGCGGCUUCUCAACGAGAUGGGAGAGCCCGCGGAGUCCCGCAAGCUCUUCGAGGAGAUCCUCGCCGUGGACCCUCUCUCAUUCGAGGCUCUUUUCGAGAACGCCGUGCUCAUGGACCGAUGUGGCGAGGGGGAGGCAGUGAUCGAGCGGCUGGAGCGCGCUCUAGACCUUGCAAGAUCGGAGCAGAAAGAGAAGGCGGCGCGCGACGUGAGGUUGAUCAUGGCGCAAAUCCAGUUCUUGCAGAAGAACGUGGACGCAGCUCUGGCGAGCUACGAGGAGCUCACCAAGGAGGAUCCAAAGGACUACCGGCCAUACUUCUGCCAAGGAGUGAUAUACAGCAUGUUAAAUCGCAAUAAGGAGGCCAGGGAGAAGUUUGCUAAGUACCAUGAAUUAUCUCCGAAGAAGUUUGAGGUCAAUGGAUACCUACAAACACCAUUGUCAAGGGUGAAGUUGUUUGGGACUGAGCAAUCGGAACUUUGAAACUCCAUUAAUGACGGCUUAUACUGCACUGUGACAUCGGGAAUAAGCAAUAAGAGAGGUUAGUAUCUUGUUAUGCUUUUCUGGAGAUUUUAUUUUUUUUUCCAAAGUCUGAGUUGCUUCACAUAAUUGCAAAAAAGUUUUUACCGGACUGAAUAAGAACUUGGGAAAAACUUAACCUUGAAUUCUCGGGAUAAGUCUAAACUCUAUCAAAGUCCAAUUUUCUGGCUUGGAAUCAUUUGAAUAUAGAAUCAAUUCCUCAGUUA